UUACUUAAAUGCUUGUUAUUCAAACGCACCCUCCAUGGUUUCUAUAUUUUGAUUUUAAUUUUGUACUUUUGUUUAUUUCGAAAUUCCAAGAUGUGGGAUUUUCGAGGAAAGACGGCUCUUAUCACUGGUGCUAGUCGUGGCAUUGGACGUGAAAUUACUAAAAGGCUUGUGGAAUGUGGUGCUAAAGUUUUUGCUCUUGGAAAGACUCAAUCCAAUUUAAAUAAUCUUCAACUGGAAAUUCCUUCUGUAAUUCCUGUAUGUGUUGAUAUAAGUGACUGGAAGAAAACAAAAAUAGCUGUUGAAAAUAUUGGAGUUAUAGAUCUGUUAGUUAAUAAUGCAGGAAUAUAUGAAGAAAUUUUAUUUGGUGAAAUAACUGAAGAAAUCUUUGAUAGAAUAUUUUCAGUGAAUGUUAAGCCUGUCAUCAAUGUUUCACAGAUAAUUGUUAAAAAUUUGAAAGAACAGAAUAAAAGUGGUGCAAUUGUUAAUAUUUCCAGCAUUCUGUCAAUGAAAACAGAAUUAAAUACCAUGAUUCAUUCUGCAAGUAAAGCUGCUGUAGACAAAUUUACUAAAGCAAUGGCUGUUGAAUUUGGUCCUUAUAAAAUUCGCUGUAAUUCUGUAAAUCCUACUGUAGUUGAAACAGAAUUGGCCAAAAGUAUAUUAGAUGAUGUCACAACUUCAACAAAAUUAAAAACUAAAAUUCCUUUAGGAGAAUUUUGUAGUGUUAAAGAUGUGGCAGAAACUGUUUUAUUUCUUCUUAGCGAUCAUGCAAGAAUGAUUAAUGGAGUCAAUUUCCCUUUAGAUGGUGGAUAUGCAGCUGUAUAAUUUAUAUAUUGAUUUUUUACAAAGCUUAUUUAAAAAAUAAACUUUGAUAUUUUCAAUUCUUGUCAAAAAGCUAUAUCUGUAAUUAUUU